UGAGUCACUUGUCACUCUUGUCAGUUUACGGUUGUCGGUGUAAAAUAGCAAGUAAUACAACAAAUCAAAUUUUCGUCUACUUUGCUGAGUUCAUAAGUCGUUAUAUUUACUAAUAUAUCUAUUUCCUUAGAAAAAGUCCUGCUAAAAAAUAAUUUGUCAGAAUGAGUAUUAUGGCAUAUAAUGGUGGGGCUAUGCUAGCCAUGAAGGGGGAUGGAUGUGUAUCUAUAGCAGCUGACAAGCGUUAUGGUAUUCAAAUGCAGACCGUCAGUACAAAUUUCCAGAAAAUCUUUGAAAUGGGUCCUCACCUCUAUGUAGGUCUACCAGGAUUAGCCACAGACACGCAAACUGUUAUGGAAAAACUUAGGUUUCGUAAAAAUAUUUAUGAACUCAAAGAAAAUAGAAGGAUAUCACCUAAAGUUAUGGCUUCCAUGAUAUCUAAUAUGUUGUAUGAAAAAAGAUUUGGACCUUUCUUUGUUGAACCCAUCAUUGCAGGUUUAGACCCUGUAACAUUUGAGCCAUUCAUCUGCAAUAUGGACCUGAUAGGUUGCAUAAAUAAGCCUGAAGAGUUUGUAGUAGGUGGAACAGCUAGUGCACAAUUAUAUGGAAUGUGUGAAUCAGUUUGGGAACCCAAUUUAGGUCCUGAUGAUCUUUUUGAGACUACUGCACAAGCUCUGAUGAAUGCAUUUGAUAGGGAUGCUAUUUCUGGAUGGGGUGCAACUGUUUAUAUCAUUGAAAAAGAUAAAGUUACUAUUAAAGAAUUGAAGACACGAAUGGAUUGAAUACUUAAGUUUAAGGUUAUCACGAUUAAUUUUUUAAUGAAUAAAGGAAUUCAAAAUAUUUA